AUGGCCGACCCCUUGAGCAUCGCCGCAAGCAUUGCGGGGCUCCUCUCUCUUGCGGACAUCGUCUUUCUGCGCUUGUCCAAGUAUAUCAAGUCAGUCAAGAAUGCCGAGAAAGAGAUCAGCGAUCUAUGCAAAGAAGUGAAUUUGGUUGGGGGCACUGUCAACAUGUUGUCGCGAUUGGCAAUCUCCCUGGAGGCGGAGGACGAGUCUCCCAUUCAGGGCUUCCGAAUGCACCACGUCGACGGUUGUGCAGCGAUCCUAUCCGAGAUUGUCAACAAGACGAAGAAGUACGAAGACAAACCAGGAGGAGGACUCAAGAAACUCUUUUGGCCUUACACUUCUUCGAAGACCAAGGAAAUGCUCGCAGACCUAUCGCGACACAAGGAAAACAUGAAUCUUGCGUUAUCAGCUACUUCAUUGGAGGCAUUACUGCGUUGUCUCGCUAAAGAGGAAGAAAGAGAACGAACCGCGACUGCAAUACUAGCCGAUGUUCAAAAAACCAAAGAGAUUGCAGUACGGAUUCAAGAGGAUACCCGGAGACGGCGAAUCCUAGACUUCUUCCUGAGAUACAAUCCGCAAUCAAAUUACGAGAUGAGUGUAAAGCUACGACACCCGAGGACUGGCAUGUGGCUUGAACGUCAUUCGUCUUUCCAGCAAUGGCUUCGCACCCAAGGGUCCCGACUCUGGUUGAGCGGCAUUCCCGGCGCCGGAAAAACGGUACUCGCAGGCUCAAUCAUUGGCCAUGCUCUUGCGAGAAGCUCAGAUACCGUUGCUGUAGGCUUUUUCUUCUGCGACUACAAGAACGAGACGACGCAGAGCCCUGUCAAUAUUCUUGGGGGCUUGGCGUAUCAAUUGGCGAUACAGAGCGAGAAAGCGUAUUCGAUGCUCGAAGAGUAUUACUUCGAGCUCCAUCCAGAUAAGGGACUCCCUCGCUCUCCCAACACAGAAGACCUAGGACGAACCAUCUUGAGGAUGUUUCAAGUCUUUGAACAUACCUACAUAGUGGUUGAUGGCCUGGAUGAAUGCGGAGAUCACGCAGAGGAGGUUGUGGAGGCGCUCUGCGAUAUUGCAGAAAACUCCGACGAAUUAUCGAUGGCGCUGCUUAGUCGCGACGAGGACGACAUCCAACGACACCUCCGAGAUUCCGAGAAGAAAUUUGUCAAUAUAGAGAUUGCAGCUCAUACGGAUGACAUCACUGAGUUUCUCACUUCGGAGAUUGAACGACGUAUUCGCAGCAGAAAGCUGGUAUUCGAAGAUCUCUCUCUUAAAGCAGAGAUUCUAGAGAGCCUCGUGACCGGGGCACAUGGAAUGUAA